GAUUCUUCAAUACCAACCACCAUUCCACACGUACGUACCAUCCCCAAAAUUCGUUUCCAUGAGGGGCUGGUGGUAACCACCAUCACAACCAAUUCGGAGAUUUCUCAUCUCCACCGUACCUACGUACGUACGUGAUGGCCGGCCAAUCUCGGAAAUGGAUGAUUCUGAUGGCCAGCAUAUGGAUCCAGGCUUUUACAGGCACCAAUUUUGACUUCUCUGCCUACUCGUCGGAGCUUAAGAAGGUGUUGCAGGUAUCGCAGGUGGAAUUGAACUAUCUCGCCACCGCAUCUGAUUUAGGGAAGGCGUUUGGGUGGUCGUCGGGACUGGCGCUCGUAUAUUUUCCCUUAUGGAUCGUCAUGUUCAUCGCGGCUUUCAUGGGGUUUUUCGGUUAUGGACUUCAGUGGCUCCUGAUUCGUCGCAUCAUCACUCUUCCUUAUUUUCUGGUAUUUCUACUAUGCUUGUUGGCUGGAUGUAGUAUCAGUUGGUUCAAUACAGUUUGUUUUGUUCUAUGCAUCCAAAACUUCCCCAGAAGUCGACCUCUAGCCAUCUCCCUCACCGUAAGCUUCAAUGGCGUAAGCGCAGCCUUGUAUAACCUCGCAGCCAAAGCAAUCAACCCAUCGUCCUAUGAUCUCUACCUUCUCCUCAAUGCCUCUGUCCCACUCUUCACCUCUAUUGCAGCCCUCAUCCCGAUCCUCCGGCAACCCCCAAUAAGCCCACUUCAUUCAGACAUCACUCGCCAUGAUCACUUCAUAUUCAUCGUCUUAAAUAUCUUUGCUGUCAUCACUGGCCUCUAUCUCCUUUUGGCACCUUCAAAUCAUGCAAAGCUCUUCUUUUCUGGUGCCAUUGUUUUGCUUAUUCUUCCAUUGGGAAUCCCAGGUAUGGUGUAUGGUAGAAACUGGUUUAAGCAUGCCAUAUACCCAAAGAUUCUUGUCAAAGGGUCAAGUUUCGUUUUUGCUGAUGCUGAUGAUCUUGACCUGUGUAAAGAGCUCCUCGAUGGUAAUCAUGAUACUACUGUGGUUGUACAUAAUGAUGAUAACGGGAUUGAAAAUGUACAAGAUGGUACAACACGUAAAGGGUGUUGGGAGAUGAUGAUAAAGAGCGAUAGAUUGGUAAUGCUCGAGGAAGAGCAUGAUACAAAGAGGCUCCUUUGCAGGAUCGAUUUUUGGCUGUAUUACUUUGCAUACUUUUGUGGGGGAACAAUCGGGCUAGUUUACAGUAACAAUCUAGGCCAGAUAGCGCAAUCGCUUGGUUUAAGUUCAAGUACUUCCACCCUCAUCACACUCUAUUCAUCUUUCUCCUUCUUCGGCCGGUUACUUUCAGCAGCACCAGACUUCUUGAGAAUGAAGUUGUACUUGGCAAGGACCGGCUGGCUAGCCAUUGCACUGGUGCCAACACCGCUAGCCUUGCUCGUGCUUUCGAUGACAGAAGCCGAGGUAGCACUUCAGAUUGGAACUUCCCUCAUCGGGUUAAGCUCCGGCUUCAUUUUCUCAGCAGCCGUGUCGAUCACAUCAGAGCUUUUCGGACCUAGGAGUGUUGGUGUGAACCACAACAUUCUCAUCACUAAUAUCCCAGUCGGGUCACUCGUUUACGGUCUUCUUUCUGCCCUCGUCUAUGAUGCCAACGCGGUUUCGUAUAGGGGAUCGUUGGUAUGUAUGGGAAGAGAGUGCUAUUUUGUAACGUUUGUUUGGUGGGGUUGUGUUUCGGUUUUAGGGCUAUUUUCAAGUGUGUUGUUAUUCUUAAGAACUCGACGUGCUUACGAUAGGUUCGAACGUAACCGGGCUUGUCUAGUAUCAUAAUAGAUAUAGUUUCAAGUAGUGAUAGAGUAGAUCCGGUUGGAAUGUUGUCCACAUAAGAAUCGACGCAUUCCAAUUGG